CAUAUAUUCAAGGCUGACCGAAGCUAAAUCAUUUCUUCGUCUAAUCACCAUGUCAACCUAAACUUCACAUCCCCAAUUCCUUUUUUUCUUGUAUUAAAAAAAAGCGCGCGCGCGUUUGGUUACCGAGAGGACAUUUCAGGCAAGAUGGGAAUCUCCGAGUUCAACUCGCGCGUAAUGGAGCUCUUCUCCCACUACCCCCCGGUCUCCGAGCGGCUGCCGCUUCCACCGCAGCAAAUCCCGAUCGCCUACGCCGUCGUGAUUCUCGCGUACUUCUUCGGACCGGGUUUCUUCCAGACCCAGAUCACCUCGUACGUGCUCAUGAUAAUCGCCUUCUACCGCCCGUUCUUCACCAGCGGCGACGUCGUCACGGAUUACACUAUGUCUAGCAUGUUCUUCGUCCUGUGGAUCAUGCAUGUAUACCACGCCGGCAAUAAGGAUGGCGGCCCGCGGUAUAUUGGAAAUCCGGAGAAGCCGUUGCCCGGUGGCGGCGUUGGGGACAGGGACUCGCCGACGUACUUGCAGAAGCUGAAGUGGGCGGUUCGGUUGACGGCUACGCCGCGCGGCAUUGGUUGGGAUUGGCAGGUGAAAAACGUACCGCCCCAUCCCGGCGCAAACCUGCCUCCUCUUCAGUUCGUUUGGGGACAGGUCGUCGAGGUUGUCUGGCGCACGGCCCUGAAAGCUGUUGCGGUCUACGUCAUCGGGGUUUGCAAGGCGGUUCAGCUGUCGACGACGUCCUUGGUCGCUGACUGGCUCCUCGACACGACGGUGGCGUGGUGCGGUGCGGUUUGGAGUUGGAAUACGAUCGGAGCUUCGAACGCGGCUGGUGCUGCUAUCACUGUGAUGCUUGGGAUCUGUGAGCCGUGGGAGUGGCCACCUGUGUUUGGUUCUCUAGGCGACGCAUGGAGCGUGAGACAAGUGUGGAGUACUUCGUACCACCAACUUAUGCGGAAACCCUUCCAAUUCCCAGGACUCCGACUUGCGCGUUUCCUCUGCUUGAAGAAAGGCACAUUCGGCUCGCGCUACCUGCAACUCUACUCCACCUUCUACAUCAGCUGUUGCAUACACAGGUAUCAGUCAUAUAUCGUCUCGCGCCACGAGAACGGCGAGUUCGCGUUUUUCAUGUUGCAGCCUGUGAUCAUUAGCGUCGAGGACUUCUUGCGGUGGGUUUGGCGCAAGUCUGUAAGCCCGAAGCAGAAGGAGGAUCUUGCUCGAUUUGAGGUCCUGAUAGGCUAUUUUUGGACGAUCGCGGCUUUCACCUUUACCCUGCGGUAUGUUAUCAAGGGCUGGGUUGGUAUAGGUUUGAUUGGAGGUGGCGGCCCAGAUGAGAAGGCGGCUCUGCAGCUAGGGCUUCAGCACGGUACUAUGUACCUUCAAGGAUGGUGAUGUGUAUAGGCACUAGGUAGACGAUAGUGAAGAAUGACAGUCGUGUUGGACAUAAUGAGCUGGUAUCCAUUCUAC